UCUGAAGAAAGUUUGAAGUAAACGCUCCAAGACUUCUUAAACAGAAAUCAGACGAGCUUUGUGAGAAACGAACCUUUUUUCCUAAUCACAACUGCCUGCCGGUUUGCAGGCAGAAAGCCGUAAAUUAAUUUUGUCUCUGUUUUGUGGACUUGUGUGAAACAAACAUAGAAAGAAAGAAAUAAAGAAUAAAAAAAAUAAUAACUUCCAAAAAAGGUGUCUUUGAAUACCAACAAGUGCUUGAGAAGUGAUAAAAUUCAAUUUGUUUGUCAAACGAAUCGCGCUCACAAAAGCUAACAAAUUAUGUUAAUGCCUCGCGGCCACUUUAUGCUAAGCUGUGAAUCAGUCGCCUUAGCUUGGCUAUUCGUCGCGUGCUUUUGCUGCGUUUUUGUGCGGGCCAAAAUCUAUGAUCGUUGUGAGUUGGCGCGUGAACUGCACUAUGGCUAUCACUUGCCGCUGCAACAGAUUGCCACUUGGGUGUGCAUAGCCCAACGCGAAUCGCUAUUCAAUACGGCCGCUGUGGGUAGGCUCAACAGCGAUGGGUCGGCCGAUCAUGGACUCUUUCAAAUCAGUGACCUUUACUGGUGCAGCCAUGGCGGUUAUGCGGGCAAGGCUUGUAAUCUGCGGUGCAACGAUUUGCUGGACAACGACAUAAGUAAUGAUGUGCGUUGCAUUAAGACCAUUUAUGAGGAACAUACCCGCCUAUCAGGAGAUGGUUUCAAUGCCUGGACCACCUAUCAACCGUUUUGCCUUCAUCAGGACUACAAUCAAGUGGCCGGUUGCUUCAGCCAGCAUUCACACAAGGACUAUCCCAAACCGGGACCCAACGUUAUACACGACUCGCCUCAAGUUUCUAGGAAAUAUCAAUCGAAUCCUUUCCUCUCCAAUAUUCAGUCCAAUCGACCAAAACCACAAAUAACUUGUCAUUAUACUGCCGCGACGCCCAAUUAUCAGAAUAAUCCCUUCCUUAAGAAUAUAAAACCCCAAGGAAAUGGCUACAGUUCGCCUGCGCUCAAGCAUGCCCACCCGCAGAAGUCGCAAGCAGCUCAGUCUUACUACAGCAGCAGCAGCAACAACAAUCAACGCCAUGUGAAUGCUAUCCAGUCGCCCAAGGGUAAAAUCUUUACACGUUGUUCCCUAGCCCAAGAACUCUAUACUAAACACAAAUUUCCACUGCAGGAUAUCGCUACGUGGGUGUGUAUCGCCGAACACCAAUCUUCAUUUGAUAGCUCAGCAGUGGGACGUCAGAAUGGUGAUGGCAGUGCUAACUAUGGCCUAUUUCAGAUCAGCGAUCGUUACUGGUGCUACUCUGGCCCAACGCCGGAGGAGGGCAAGGCCUGUAAUGUUGCCUGCCACAAGUUAGCGGAUGAAGAUCUGCAGGACGAUGUACGCUGCAUUCGCAUCAUUUACGAUGAGCAUACACGAAUUUCAGGUAAUGGUUUCAAUGCUUGGACAGUCUAUUCCAGAAGCUGUCAAAAUCAGAAUAUUGAGCAGAUACGUCAGUGUUUCGAUGCCAAAGUUUUGGAUAAGAUCAACGCAUUGCCCAGCACCAGCUCUAACGAAGUGGUUUCAUCUGUGGUGUCCGUCAGCAAACCGGGUAAAGUAUAUGACAAGUGCGAAUUGGCCCAAGAGUUGUACCACAAACACCAAAUGCCUAUGGACCAAAUAGCCACUUGGGUAUGUAUUGCUCAGCAUGAAUCGAAUUUUCGCACCUCAGCAGUGGGACGUUUGAAUGCGGAUGGAUCAGCGGAUCAUGGCCUCUUUCAGAUUAGCGACCUCUAUUGGUGUUCCCAUGAUCGUUAUGGUGGUAAGGCCUGCAAUAUUCCAUGUGAUAGAUUGCUCGAUUCAGAUAUCACAGAUGAUGUGCGCUGUAUUAAAAUCAUACAUGAGGAGCACACUCGAAUUUCAGGAGAUGGUUUCAAUGCUUGGGCGGUCUACAAACCCCAUUGUCUUAAUCAGGGCUUGGAGCGAGUAAAACAGUGUUUCUCCGAAAAGGAUCUAAAGGAUAGUCAGACGAAAACAGUGAGUGCAGGAAAUAAAAAUUCUUUUACUUCUUCUUCAUCUUCAACGGCAGUCAGCAAGAAGGGAAAGAUUUACAACAAAUGUGAAUUGGCUAAGGAGUUGUAUCACAAACACCACAUGCCAAUGGAGCAGAUACCCACCUGGGUUUGCAUAGCCCAACACGAGUCCAGUUACAAUACAGCAGCCGUGGGACGUCUGAACACUGAUGGCUCGGCCGAUCAUGGCCUGUUUCAAAUUAGCGACCUCUAUUGGUGCACCCAUGAUCAGUAUGGCGGAAAGGCAUGCAACAUACCCUGCGAUAGAUUAUUGGAUUCGGACAUUUCAGACGAUAUAAGCUGCAUAAAAAUCAUUCACGACGAGCAUACUAGAAUUUCAGGUGAUGGUUUCAAUGCCUGGGCAGUGUAUAAGCCCCAUUGUCGCAACCAAGGUUUGGAUCGUGUCAAAGAGUGUUUCACCGAGAAGGAACUUAAGGACAUCCCCACCAAGAGUACAUAUUCCCCCAGCAGCAAUGCUAUAGUCCCUCAACAAUCAUCUGCAGCCACUAAGAAAGGUAAAAUCUAUAAAAAAUGUGAACUGGCUCAAGAAUUGUACCAAAAACAUCGAAUGCCCAUGGAUCAGAUACCCACCUGGGUUUGCAUAGCCCAACAUGAGUCCAGUUACAAUACAGCAGCCGUGGGACGUCUGAAUACUGAUGGCUCGGCAGAUCAUGGCUUAUUUCAAAUAAGCGACCUCUAUUGGUGCACCCAUGAUCAAUAUGGAGGAAAGGCAUGCAACAUACCAUGCGAUAGAUUAUUGGAUUCAGAUAUUUCAGAUGAUAUACGCUGCAUAAAAAUCAUACAUGACGAACAUACUCGCAUCUCAGGUGAUGGCUUCAAUGCUUGGGCUGUGUAUAAGCCUCAUUGUCGUAAUCAAGGUUUGGAUCGCGUAAAAGAGUGUUUUACCGAUGAAGAACUUAAAGAUAGCGCAACAAAGUCCAUAACCGGGCCAUAUGACAACUCUCUGAUUCCUCAAUCUAGCCCAGCUACCACCAAGAAAGGAAAGGUGUACAACAAAUGUGAAUUGGCCCAGGAACUGUAUCAUAAACAUCGACUACCAAUGGAUCAGAUACCCACCUGGGUUUGUAUAGCCCAACACGAGUCUAGCUACAACACAGCAGCCGUGGGACGCCUCAACACUGAUGGUUCUGCGGAUCAUGGCCUCUUUCAAAUAUCUGAUCUUUAUUGGUGUACCCAUGAUCAGUAUGGCGGAAAGGCAUGCAAUAUCGCCUGCGAUAGAUUAUUGGACUCUGAUAUAUCGGACGAUGUUCAAUGCAUCAAAAUGAUUCACGAAGAGCAUACCGGCAUUUCAGGGGAUGGUUUUAAUGCUUGGGCUGUUUACAAGCCUCAUUGUCGUAAUCAGGGGUUGGAACGUAUCAAAGAAUGUUUCAAGGAAAACGAACUUGCUGAUUUAGAUAGCAUCAAACCCAUUACACCAAUUUCUAGCAAUGCCUUAAAACCUGCAGUUAGCAAUAAGCAAGCGCCAGCAAAAGGAAAAAUUUACAAGAAAUGUGAGUUGGCUCAAGAACUUUAUGCCAAGCAUAAAAUGCCAAUGGAACAAAUACCCACUUGGGUAUGCAUUGCCCAACAUGAAUCCAGUUUCAAUACUGCUGCUGUAGGACGCCUUAAUGCCGACGGUUCAGCUGAUCACGGACUCUUUCAGAUAUCCGAUCUUUACUGGUGUUCUCACGAUUCAUAUGGAGGCAAGGCCUGCAACAUACCAUGUGACAAACUCUUGGACUCGGAUAUAACCGACGAUGUGCGUUGCAUAAAAAUCAUUCAUGAGGAGCACACACAAAUCUCUGGAGAUGGGUUUAAUGCCUGGGCUGUGUACAAGCCCCAUUGUCGCAAUCGCCAAUUCAGCGAUGUACAAUCAUGUUUCAGCAGCAAUGAAAUACAACUGUUUGAGAAAAACAAGGCCGACAAAUAUCAGCCCUCUGAUUACAAUGCACCCACAAAGAAACCUGGAGAUUAUAGCCAUAAUCCAUUUUUGCAAAAUAUAAAAGUUUCAGCAAGCUCAGCCCAAGCUCCUGCGAAAGUGGCUACCGCAGUUCAGGUUAAUGUUAUACCAAAUACAAACAACUAUAAAAAUAAUCCCUUCUUAAGUGGAGCCAUUAAGACUUCGUCCAUUUCCUCGCCCUUGGGCAGCUCAAGCACUCAAAAGGAGGUGGUACAAAAUUACCAAAAUAAUCCCUUCUUGAAUGGUUUACCCAAAACUACACCAACAACUGUUAAAACUUCAACCACAAGCAAAUCUACCACAUCUUCUUCAUUGCAAUCGGCAUCGUAUCAGCAACAAUAUGCAACUACUUCCAUCAGUCAGCCCUCAAAAUAUGUGAAUAGCAACGACUUUAGGACUAAGCCUUCGGAUAAACCACAGAGCUAUGGUUUAACAUCACAGCCUUCCAAGUAUUCUGAUAGCAAUAGUUUCAGAAUAACUACAAAAAUGCCCACAACAUACAAACCCACAACUUUAGGACCAACAACCACAACUUCUAAGCCCAGAACGACUGCAACGGCCAAAACAACAACAACUCGCAAGUCAACAAUCAAUACAACAAAGGGGGCAUCAAAUUGGAAUGAUGGCAAAUAUAGACCGCUAUCUGUAACAGGAACAACGACAACCAAAAAGCCAACCACAACCACUAAAAGAACUACAACUACAACUACUAAGCGUUCAACGACAUCAUGGACUAGCACCAAAUCUUCCUCGGCGACAACUAGCAAACCCACAACAUGGUGGACAUCUACAACAAAAUCUUCCAAGGGAAUUUCAAGUGCACAACUGAAAGAAUCGACUACAACGAGGAAACCAACUACGACUCCAACUACUAGGAAGCCAACAAGCACCACAAGAAGCUGGAACAAUGGACCAACCACACGCAAGACGCCCACAACAUCUUGGACAACAACUACUAGGAAACCUACAAGCACCACAAGGAACUGGAACAAUGCUCAAACGGCCAAAUUAAAACAAACGACUGCAAUCCAAAAACCAACCACAACUACAAAGAAACCUACAAGCACCACAUGGAGCUGGAAUCAUGGACAAACACCAACCACCCGCAAGACUCCAACUACAUCUUGGACAACAACCCGUAAACCCACGACUACAUUGCGCACAACGAACACUCCUAAAGCAACUACUGCCACCUGGAAUUGGAACAAUGGCCAAUAUAAAGGAGGAAAUCCUACAACUACAAGAAAACCUUCAACCAUAGCAGGGAAUUGGAAUAGUAGUGGCCAGUAUAAAGCCACAUCCCCAACAACUACAAAACGACCAACACAAACUACAACAACACGGAAGACAAGUACUACAAAGAAUUACAGCAAUACAACCACAUGGAAUUGGAAUAAUAGGCAAACCACAAACACACCCAAAACCAUAACGACCACACGCACCACCACAACCACACGCAGGCCAUCUUUGAGUCCCACAAAAUCGAGCAACAACUGGAACUGGUCCACUACAACCACAAAACCUUUGGCAUCGAAAGCGACUGCGAGAACUACAACUACCACCACCACCACCACUAGGAAACCAUUAAAUGUGACGCCAUCACCUAGAUCACAAACAACAACGAAAAGUCCCUCAGCAAACACCAACUGGAAUUGGCAACAGCCCAAAUAUUCCAAUACCUCGGCGACCACAUCGUGGAAUUCUAAAACUACAAAUAAGCCUUCUCAGCUAACAACAAACACGACAUGGCAACACUGGCAAAAUGGUCAACCAGCCAAGACAAGCCAAUCGUAUAAAACAACAACAACCAGCAAACCACAAACUCAGUCCGGCAACUGGCAAAACAACAAAACUACAAACUCGAAAUUCUCUACAAAAGCACCUCAAAAUACUCAGACAACCAGAAAGUCCGAUGAUCUCUUCAAACAUCCUUUCUUCGAACGAGUCAAGCAGGAGCGGGAAAUAUUUGAAAGUAACCUUUUCAACUAUCAAAAACGCAAGAAUUAGGCGCAAUAUCAGAAUUGUGCGCUCCAUGGAUUAUUGGGAUCAUUGAAAGGGACCAUGUGUAUUUUUUGUUUAUCUCUCGCGAUACUUUGCCAUAUACCACAAGGAAUACU